AUGGCAAACGCGUCAAGCUCGCGGUCUUUGACCAGCGCUUUCAAAAGACUAAAGCUCUCUCCUUUAGCCCCUGCUACCCACCAGAUCCGGCACAUACAGCAAUCAUCACGAAAUGCUGCACCAGCACCCAGUCGAGCCGUCGCCGCGCAGGUAUCAAAUCCAACAGCCGAUCAAGAGAUAGCGAGUCUCCGUCUGCCCAAAGCAGUCCAAGCGACCUACCUCGCUCCCUUGAAACGACAGCCCCCCAAAGACGCGACGAAAUCCGCCGAGCUUCAAUUACGCUCCUACAGCGUCCGAAACCUCGAAGUCUUCGCUGACUUUGCCCUUCGCGCCGCCUACUUCCUCAAUCUGCCCGCAUCGGGGCCGAAGCCGCUCAAGCGCAUAACCCAGAGAUGGACACUGCCCAGAUCAAACUUCGUGCACAAAAAGAGCCAGGAAGCAUUUGAACGAAUCACGAUGCAGCGGUUAAUUGAGAUCAAAGGCGGACACCCAGAAACUGUUGCGAUCUGGCUGGCGUUUCUCAGAAAGCACCAAUACUACGGCGUGGGAAUGAAGGCGCAUGUCUACGACUACGGGAGUGUCGAGACUGGCAAGGACUUGGAUGCAGAAGCUGAGAGGAUAGUGAAGAAAAUGGGCGAAAAAGGCGUGGCUUUCGAGACGUAUGCCGGCAAGGGGAGAAGACAGCGGGUCGAUGCAUUGUUCAAGGAGCCGUUCAAGGGCUCGUGGGGCGCACGGGCAGCUAUGGGAGGGGCGCCAAGCGUACCUGGAUGCCUUCAGAUGCGCACAAGUGUCUCUGGACCAUCAAAUCCAUUGCAAGAAUGA